AUGAUGGGUUCCUCCACUAAGAGCCUAGCUGAUUCAGCAUCUUGGUGUUGUGCGUUGGCACUUUUGUGUCUAAUUCUAUUGGGGUCCAUAAGGGAGAGCCAUGUGGCGGAGGAGGAGGAUGGGGCCACGGCGACGGUGGUGGGGAGAGGGCGGAGCAACCUCUUUGAACGGCCGUGUGAUGAGAUAUAUGUGGUGGGAGAAGGGGAGACCCUACACACCAUAAGUGACAAGUGUGGUGACCCUUUUAUUGUUGAACGGAAUCCUCAUAUUCAUGACCCUGAUGAUGUUUUCCCUGGCCUUGUCAUCAAAAUCACCCCCACAUAUAAGAAAUUGCUCAAGAGGUAG